GCCUAGUGCAUACUAGGUAUACUAAUGUAUCCAGGUACCUAGUAGCGUGUACAUAUAUGGGUGGGACCUUAGCUCUUUCGACACUCAAACCCGCGCGCAAAGCUUGGCGCUGAUCCUCACCUUCAUACCUUCACCUUCCAAACCGCCUUCAAGAUCUGAUAAAUCUUUCAACUUUUCAUUCAGUGCUGGGCCAGGCCCAGGUUAUCUCAUUUCAUACCCACCGUAAAACACAUCUACCUUACUAUCGCGUAACAACACUCUUCUAUUUGUUCUUUACGCGUGCUGAGUCGCGAGCUGCCUGGGCGCGGUCUUGCGAGCUGUGACCGCAAAGCCAUCUUCCAGCAAUCAGCACUGCUUUUCACUAGUCUACAUAUUACCUGCCCAUUUCCCUCCGACACCAUUAUCAAAUUCCUUCAGGAUUGACUUGCGCCAGUAGUAGUCAUCCCAAUUCUUCAGGGUCUCUUCAUCUCAUCAUCUUCUCGCGCCCCGAUUGUUACCCAAUUGCAACUCGACGAUACCUCAGCCAGAAACCCCACUCAUCCUCAUGACUACGAAUACUCGACAACACUUCGGCUUCGCAUACGCACGCCUGUGAAGAUGCCUAGCAUAAUAGAUCUAGACUCUGCUUCGGCGGACGAAACUCCUCCUGUUGAGCUUCCCACGAAUGAUACCCCUCCUCGAUCUUACGUCGUCUUUCAUCAGAGUGUUGAGAUCGACAUCGACUUUUCCGAGAAGCGCGUCUCUGGUCGAUCUGAUAUCCUCAUUGUCCCUAUUGCAGACAUAUCGGAAGUUUACAUUGACGCCCGCCAAUGCGAAGUCGAUGUGGAACAUAUUACAGUUAGCAACUGUGAGGUAGAAGCCUCAUAUCAAGAUCCUUGCGAUCCCCUGCAAAUCCCUAAGCAUUACGAAUGGACGGGGAACCAGUGGGCUAUUAGAAAGAAUCGGAUGCAGGCACUACUACACCAUAAGCGCCAAGAAGUUUCCGCGCUGGAUCACGAUCUGAAAUGCUGCACGCCACUUGACGGAUCCAUUAAGGUUAAGCUCCCAAGUGUAGACGAAGUGCUGCAGAAGAACCGUAACUCUCAGAAAUCCGACCUGCAAGAUAUGCUCUUGCAUCCCGACGGAACACUAGGUGGUUAUAGGGUCCGAAUUCCAUUCAAGAUACGAAAUACUUCUGAUGGUUUCCAAUUUGUUGGGUUCGAUGAGGUUGAUAUUCGAUACCCGCAUGUCUAUACACGCCACUCUGUCGAGCCUGGCACCGCCUCUUCCAUCUUUCCAUGCAUAGACGAUCCCGGUUCACGAAAUUCAUGGAAAAUCUCCAUCACCUGCCCCCGAACCCUUGGCGAUGCAUUCCGCAAGCCACCCGUAACGCAACCGCAACCUAAGAGCGUUGAAGCUGCUAAUAUAGAACGCAAAAGGAACCAUGGCGAGGAGGAACCUCAAAAAAUAGACAUACCUCUAGCUGAGGAAGACAAGAUGCUCGAAAUGACUGUCGUCUGCUCGGGGUAUCUAACGGGGGAAGUGGUGCGAAAGGACGACGAAACCAAAAAGACAAUGACGUUUGAGAUUGAUCGUAAUAAGGCGGCAAAGCAUAUCGGUUUCGCUGUCGGCCCCUUUGAGCACGUUGACUUAUGGUCUGAAUUUCGCAGCGAGGAAGACGAUACGAAACUUGGUCCCAAUGCAGUCAAGGUACACGGCUAUUGUCUUCCAGGCCGUGCUGACGAAGUCAAAAAUUCGUGCUGCACCCUCGUUACAGCGAUAGACUACUUCGUGCUCACGUAUGGCCGCUACCCAUUUGAGAGCUACAAGGUCUGCUUUGUUGAUGACAUGGUCGAGGAGACCGUACCCUUGUGCGCAUUCUCUCUUUGCAGCACUCGACUGCUCUGUCCCCCAGACAUAAUAGACACCGAGGUGGAGACUACUCGGACAUUAGUAUACUCUCUGGCAAGUCAGUGGUUCGGACUGAACAUUGUUCCCAAUACAAAGAAAGACAUCUGGCUGGUGGUGGGGAUUGCCUGGUUUCUGACUGACCACUUCAUGAAAGUACUCUGCGGGAACAACGAAUUCAGAUUCAGAAUGAAGUCGAUGGCAGACAAACUCGUUGAGGUUGACAUUAAGCGACCAUCUCUUCAAGAUAUCGGAGAGCACCUAUAUCUCGGCAGUUUUGAAUCAGAUUUUAUGAAUCUCAAGGCGCCUCUCGUCUUAUUUAUCCUUGACCGACGACUCUCCAAGUCGGCUAGCUCCACUGGAAUUUCCAAGAUCAUAUCUCGUAUGGUCAGCAAAGCCAAUACGUCUGGCCAAGCUUCCGAUGAAGUUUUAGGAUCGGACGCCUUUCGAAAAGCCUGCGAGAAGGCUGGAAAUGCCAGGCUGGAGCAUUUCUGGAAUCAAUGGAUCGUGAUGUCCGGCUGUCCGCGAUUUGACGUUUUCCAACGUUUUAAUAAGAAGCGACUAUGCGUUGAAAUGACAAUUCGACAGACACAAGAGAUUGCGUUUAUCAAGCCCAAAGCCCUCGAGAAGGAUAACUUCUGGAGAGAUGUCAUGGAGGAGAAUCAUGCUGUCUACGCUGGGGCACUCCAGGAGUGUUUUAGCGGCCCCAUGACGAUCCGCAUUCACGAAGCAGAUGGUACGCCUUAUGAACACAUUGUUGAGAUUCAGCCAGACACUACCAAAUCUGUCAAGUUCGAUAUACCCUACAAUACGAAGUACAAACGACUCAAGCGGAAUCGUCGACAACGUGAAAGGGCGAUGAUGGCGAGCAGUACAAGAGUGAAUGACGACGGUCAUAGGGACCUAUACUAUCUAGGAGAUGUCAUGCAACAUCCCGACGAGAUGGAGGAGUGGGAUUUCCGUGACUGGGAUGAAGAAACGGAAGCCAGGAUGGAUCAGGAAUCUUAUGAGUGGAUCCGAAUGGAUGCUGAUUUCGAAUGGAUUUGCGAGAUACAAACAAAUCUCCAGGCGUACAUGUACGCAUCACAGCUGCAGCAAGAUAGAGACGUUGUUGCGCAGCAAGACUCGAUGCUCUUCCUUCACCGAAGUUUCUCCAAGACAGGACCUCAUCCUCUUGUAUCCACCAUAUUAACCCGGACCCUACUCGAUCCUCGUUACUAUUUCGGAAUCCGUAUAAUGGCAGCCGAAGAGCUUCCUCGGCACGCGGCCCAGAACCCUGUGAAUUGGAUUGGUCUUCGGCACCUCCUAAAAACGUUCCAGCACUUCUUUUGUCAACCGGGAACAUAUACCCCCCUGCCGAACGACUUUUCGGACAAACGUCAAUAUCUCGUCCAACGCGUAAUUCCAGAAGCUGUGGCUCGCAUCCGUGGCGAGGAUGGCACAUGUCCUAAAGAAGCGCGGACAUUCAUUCUCGAACAACUCCAAUCCAAUGACAACACGGACAACGUAUAUUCCGAUCAGCCGUAUAUCUGUCGUUUAAUCAAGGCUCUAUCUAUCUGCCUUGUUCCCGACGAGACAAAGAGCAAACAGCAGAAGUCCAUGUCCUUCGCAUUUGGGGAUGUAGAUGAGGAUGAGAUCAUGGCAGAGCCCGUUGAUGAGGAGCCAGAGAAGUUCCGCGAACUAGCUGUCGAAGAAAUAGAACGGUACCGCAGGAUGGAUGAGUACUAUCCUUCUCACCAGAAUUGCUUCACCGUCGCUGCACUCGACGCCUACUGCCGUUUAAUGAAGGCCAACAUCAUCCCGACCAAGCCCAUCAUGUUUAUUCAAUAUCUGCAAGAUACGACUUGCGAUCUUGUGCGUAUUCAGGCUUGCGAGUCACUAGUCGAACUUGGAAGGUUGACAGACGCGGCGUUCGUAAAAUUCUUCCUUGUCGCGAUCAGCACAGACAAUUCCGCAUUCGUUCGAGAUAGACUAUUCAAGAUCCUCUGCCGCGGCUUAGCUAGCAUCGCUGUUGGGGAAAGUAGCCAGUCAAACCAGCAGACAGCCAACCAACCAGCAGUUGAUGGCCUCAUUGUCGAGAAGGAUGACUCAGUAAUAGAAGCGAGGAAGAAAGCAAAAGCCCGCAAAGAGAAUCUCCCUGUAGCCCUUGCGGCCCUGAAGGAAGAAAUGACAGACAAUGAGGUUCUCAAGGCGGCAAUCUGGGAAGCAAUUGACUCGCCUGUUCUAACCGUGACAGAACGCAUCAACUUCCUUGAGCUUUGCUCAAUAUUGUUCAAAGAAGAGCAAUCCCUGGUGCUGACUUUUGAUUACCCUACCUACUGGACCAUUGAGCGUGGCGAGAGAGGCCGUAACAAAUGCAAUGUCAAAUUCAAACGACAUCUCAGAAUAAAGCCGCGCAAGGCAUAUGAGUCACCCCAGAAGCCAGAGCCAAAACGGACUAUUCUUUUGAACGUGAAUAGAAAUGCAAGCUCCAGUACUAAGUCUACUAUAUCUUCAGAAACUUUAUCUUCUCAGAGCUCCGGGCCUAAGACUACUUCAGUGGGAUCUUCGCUGCUGCCUACGCCCAAGGGAAAGGUGACUAUCCCGGCUAAAAAGCAGUCUACAGAGGAGGCGAGGGAGGAAAUGACUUCGAAACAGAAGACGAAGUCAUCCGUCUCGGCUCCCAAAGCUCGAGAGGCUACUCCAUCGGGUGCUCGAGAUAAGUCGAAGAUAAGCACAGCUCAGAGAGAUAGUAUAUCUGUUCAGGCCCCCGUACGACCCAAGGCCGAGGCAGCACGACCCAAGGUUGACAUAGCGCGGCCCGAAGCAAGUAAGGCGUCUCCCAAACCAAGUGGGAACAGCAAUGCGACACCUUCAAAAAAGUCACUGAAGCGAGCAAGAGUCGGAAGCGAGAGUCGGAAACCGUCGAAGGUGAUCAAGCUUGACACUUCUAAAAUUCCUAGAGGGGAGCUCGAGGGACUUCAGGCACGGCGAAGGCCUCGGAGUUUAUUGGUCACAACGAAAUUCAAGUCCUGGCAUAAGUUGCGACGACAAGAAAACAGCACGGUCCAAGCAAGCUCGAUUCGAGCCACUCCCAAGCAUCGCCGAACCGAUGAAAAGCCAGGUUUCCGCAGUCCCCUCCCAUCGGCAAACCCGUCCUUACAUACUCCCAAGAUUUCGGAAUCUGCCCGGGACAUGACAUCCACGACGUCGUCCCAAAAUUUGACCCCUGGCGUUUCCCAGACUCCAUCCCAGCCGUCACAAUCGAAUGCCAACGAUGGGAAGCAACGAAAGCCUCUUCCAGGCUCACGUAAACCCCUUCCGUCGGCAGCACCGGCUAAUAGCCCCACGCCCUCAAAGCAGCCGGCACCAACUUCAGCGCCCCCUUCGGCACCUAAGACAACCACAAAGCUGAAGAUCAAGUUGAAGCCAUCAACGACAGGAUCGUCGGGUUAGGACAUGAAAACCCCAGUUGAAACAAGAUACCCAGUCAAUGGGAUAUAACAAAGGCCUGACUCGGCAUUCAACGUGAUACUGUCACAUUGAUUUGCCUCGGCUCCCUUAAAUUCUAUGCAUACAGAAAAAGCAGUACCAGACAGUGGUAGUAACCUUUUGCCACAUACUCUUUACCCCUUUUAUCACUCCUCUUUUUUUUCCUCCCCCCUCCCCUUGGCGGUGGUCGCAUGGCAUUUCACGGCAUAGCAUUGGCGUUAGGUGAUGAUAAUCAUGAUCCUUAUCAGGACAGGUUUCGUUUAUUGUAUGUGCUGCGAGUUCCCUCUCGAUGGAGGGUUUGAGGACGGGGCGGGCAAUUUCUCAGCCCGUCUUUUCCUGUUUUCGGUUUCGAGGAUCGUGGCAGGAGAGAGGAUUGAGGAUCAAUGAAUGAAGCAAGAGCAGAGGAGGGAAAUGGGUUUUCUGCACUGCGUUUAAAGUCCAGGCGGGGAAGAGGGAGGGAGGAAUAAUUGGUGAUUCAAUCCUCCUCCUACUCAAGUUGCAAUUUGCACGUGGCAUGAGUCCCUGUGCAUAAGUAUGUGCAUGGUGAAAAGAGGGACUAAGGGUAAAUGGUGAGGGAGAAUCGUAGCACGGUUUAUUCUUCACGAAUUCCGUAACGUGGUAGCCCAUAGUAUUUUUUAAUGAAUGCAGGGAAGUGCAAUGCAACUUUGA